AUGGUGGUCCCUUAUCUGCAUCCAGAUAUUUUACCUAUGAUUUUUGAAUGUCUUGUAAAGACAUUCGAACCAGAGGACUUGAAGAGUUUAUACCACUGCGUACUAGUCAAUAGGAAUUGGUGUCAAAACGCCAUUCCCGUUCUUUGGUCAAAUCCCUUUCGUUUUCUCACUGAAAACAGAGAAACUAUUACCGAAGUUAUUCUCAUGUACAUGGCAUGUUUCGAUGAAAAUAAGAAAAAAGAAUUAUUUUCAGACGCGAAAAUACCAAAGGAAGUUGUCAAAACUCCCACGUUUAAUUAUCCUUCAUAUUUGAAGCAUCUUAAUUAUUGGGAGCUCGUGAAUUCUAUGAACGAAACCGCACGAAACCUAUCAAAUGUAAAAGAACUUGAAACGAUACAAAUUUCUGAAAGGUCAACAUACUUGAAAUCUGUUGAUGCUCCAAAGAUCUCGAAAAAACUUCAAUCUUUCGUUGUAAAUUAUAUUAUCGAAAAUGCCAGAAUCAAUUCGUUAGUUGUCGCGGAUCAUUACGGAUAUGGUUUCAUUCUUAACUCGACUGAUUAUAAAAUUGUCGCUGACCGUAAAUUCUUUGAAAACAUCAGGAAACUUGAACUUGUAUUCGAUUAUCAGGAUAUUUAUGACAUUAUUGAUUGGCUUCCAACUCAUUGUAAAAAUGUGAAAAGUCUUAGGAUUCAAACGAAGCACCAUAACCAAAAAUCGCUAUCAAAUAUCAACAAAUUUAUUGACGCGCUUAAAGACCUCAAGAAGUUCAAGUUCAGAUAUUUUUAUCGAAGCAGAGAAGAAACAGAUUGUGUACCUUUAAUAUCAAAUCAUAUCUAUUCGCUUCGAGUGGUUGAGAUUAGACAUUGCUGUCUUAAAGGAAGUAAGAUUGUUGAGGAGAUUGCAAAGUGUAAAAAUUUGGAAGUGCUCAGAUUAAUAUCUUGUGUGGGUUUGUAUUAUAAAAUGGCAGAACCUUUGAUUACAGCUGAUCUCCCUAAACUUAAAGAUGUUGAAUUGAUUGGAAACGAAUCUUGUUGCAAAGAAGUAAUUGAGUGGGCUAAAGGGUUUCCAUCACAUUUUAUUGAGGAUUUGACCAACGCUAACAUAAUUGAACUUGCGGACGACACUUCUGUCCGCCCUAUUCCACCAGAAUCACCUGCUUAUCCUUCUUCACCUGAUACACCAGGACAAGAGCUUUCGCUUUCGGUAGAAACUCAACAAAUGAAUUCGAGAGGCGUUUCCUUUGAAUCAUAUCAUGAUAACCCGAGCAUUACCUCGCUUCAACAGCACACAGCGACUCCACUUUUAUAUACUUCGUUUGAAGGUCCCGACCUUCGUGAAGAUGAGGAAGACAAGUGUGGUUUAAGUGACGACGAGGAUGACGGAUGUCGUCUGGAUAAAUCUUCUAAAAGAUAUGCUUCAAAAUUAUGGAUUGCAAUAGUUAUAUCUCUCCUCUUUUUUGUAACCGAACUCGCCGGUGGUCUUAUUGCUGGAAGUUUGGCUUUAUUGAGUGAUUCUUUUCAUUUGUUAAGCGAUGUUGUUAGCUUUGCAAUUUCACUUUUAUCUAUAUAUCUUGCGCGAAGGCCCGCUACUAAAUCGCUUUCGUACGGUUAUCAUCGUGCGGAAAUUUUAGGUGCGCUUUUAUCUAUCUUCUUGAUAUGGGCACUUACCGGCUAUCUAUGUUAUGAAGCCUAUGAUCGUAUACAACAUCCUAAAAUUAAAGUUGAUGGAAAAACGAUGUCUUUGCUUCAUGUAUUGGGAGAUUUCUUAUCUUCCGUGGGAGUUUUGAUAUCAUCUAUAAUUAUUAUGGUGGAUGAAACUAAGCAAUGGGUUGAUCCGUUAUGUACAUUUAUUUUCUCUGCUCUCGUAAUGGCCACUACAUUUGGCAUAUUGAGAAGUGGUAUUAGAGUUUUGAUGGAAGCAACACCCUCUCAUAUUGACGCUCACUCUGUGAGAAAAGAUUUAGCAGAAAUUGAAGGAGUAAAAAGCGUGCAUGAUUUGCAUAUUUGGGAUUUGACAGUUGGACGAACAACUCUAACAUGUCAUUUGCGGCUUCAACCAUAUGAUCCAGAUGUUUCGGCGGAGCCUUUGAUUCCUGCAGCAAUUUUAUCACAAGCUAGACGUGUUCUAAAGCGAAA